AUGGCAAGCAUCGGCGGCUCCUCGCUAGGUGAGCUCUACUCAAAAUGUGUUCAAUUGGUGAAUGAGAACAAGAUCUCCACGAAAAAUGCCUUCGAGUUGCCGCUCAUCGAGCACAUGGAUGACAUCGUGGACUCCUUCAUGGGCGGCCGCAAAGCCAAGAUGAAGAGCCGGCAGGCCGGUGCGCGAGACCGGAAGUCGGCCCCACCGAACCCGGAGGAGGCAGAGCUGGAGAGCCGAUUCCACGAGGCCAGCUGCACCAUCGAAGCUUCUGCGCGCAUCUACGCCUGCCGCGUGGACUGUGUCCACACGGACACGUAUCGAGUGCUUGGCGGCCUGAAUUCUGCAGACGCAAAUGACGAAGAUGGACAGCCCGGCGAGGAUGGGAAGCCGACCAAGAAGAGGCGGAUCUGCGGCGUGAAUACCUUGGAAAGAAACGAAGCAAACCUCGUGCAGUCCAACAUCGAGGCAGACGAGCAGAGCGACCCGAUGUUUCGGCGGAUGGCUGCUGCCUUCGACGCUGGCGGUGCCAAAGGACUGCUUCUCAGCCACCUGCCACUCGCAGAGGACAUGUCCCUGAUCUUCAACGGCGACGUGAACAUUUCCAAAGCCAAGGCAGCUGCGGAGGCCCUUUUCCGUAAGGACGGGCGAUCUUUUCCUGCGGACUCUCUUGGGCUUGGAGAACCGACGUCGGCGGCCUGCAAGAUCGAGCAAUCCAGGUUGUGCCCUGAAUUGGACAGCUUUCGGCGCCAGCUUUGGGGAGAGAGUUCCUUCACAAUGCCGAAGGCAUUGGAAGAGUUGCUGGGCGUCGCGGUCCACGCAGGGCCCGGGACUUCGGAGGCCUUGGCAGCUUGCUCACAGCCACCCCCGGCGAUGAAUGCCUUUGAGCCGGAAGUUGACAUGCCAGACUUGGGGCCACCCGACGAGGAUGUGUGCAGCGCCGUGGAAUCCAGCACAGCGCCGUCGUCCGAGUCUCGCAACCCCCCUGUUGGGCGCAUGGGCGGAGAGUCCUUGGUUCCUGUGGGUGAGAUGCAUGAGAUACAGGCAUCCCAGGUGCUGGCUGUUCCCGGAACAAGCAAGGCGGACGUCGUAGCCUUCGACGAGCUCUUUCAGAAAUUCUGUGGGGCAGGUGGCUCGAAUCAGUUUGCCUAUUUUGAGGAGUGCUGGUCCAAACCAGGCCGCAAGAAAGCCGGCAAGGCCAGCAACGGUGCCCUCGCCGACGCCCAGGAGGGAGCUCUUGCGCCGGUGGAAAAGGAGGGCAAAGAGCCGAAGGAGCGGCAACCGAAGCGGCCCCUCUUCGACCUGGCCAACUUGGACAAGGCCGCCAAGCCGAUUGAGACCGAGCCGGUUGCCAAGCAUCAGCUCAAUGAGAAGGCCACCCAAUGGCAACUUCGCAAGGACGUCCCGCCGUACAUGAUCGAUCGGAUCACGAUGCCGAGUUGGCAGACAUGGUCGAAGGUGGAUUUUGCGUGCUUGGGUUUGCGCCCUCACCUCAUGCUCAAGUUGGUCAAGAAGCCGCCUCCUUCGGGCGAAGGCCCUCACGGCUUCUCCGAUCUAUUCUCUACCGUGGUCGUGGAGAACACAGAGGCCUUCCCAUGGUUGGCUUCAUCCAAGCCUGGGCGCAGAGCUGAUGAUGGCGACGAGGGAUUUGGCAUUGGCGACGCGGCUGGCGAGGACGUGGCCGAGGACUUCGACGGCAGCGGCCUCCCCGCCCAUUUGGAUGUCGACCCGCAGGAGCUCUUCCUUGGGCCGAACGACAAGGUGCUACCUGGCGGUGACGGUGACAACCUGGGUGACGUAGGUAUGGAAGAUGUUUCCGGCACCUUCAUGGAGGGGGGACUCGACUUCGAGCUCGCUGAGAAGCCCAACUCCGCGGAGAGCAUCGACAUCGCCUACAGCCGCAACUCGAAGUUUGUGGAUGUCAAGUUGGUCAAGAAGCAUCUCUGGAGUUGCCUAGAGAAGGACAUCUCUGGGCUGAAGAAGGGAAAGGCAGAGGCCGAUCGAAUGGCCAACGACAGCUUUCAGGACUUGAUCUCGCGAACAGUCAGCGCCAUGCCAAAAGAUGAGUGCGAGAACCUCAGCGCCGCCGUGUGUUUCAUCUGCGCCCUCCACCUCUGCAAUGAAAAGAACUUGGAGCUCAAAACAGAUCCUUCCCGGCCGUUGGGAGACUUUGCCAUUGUGGCGCCAUCGGCUGAGUAA